AUGAUCUCAUCUGUUAGCAAUGAGGCGAUCAACCCGGUGUCAGAGGUGCUCUCUGGUCCGACUCUACCCCUCUCCCAUGCGCUCACCAUGACGCCGGCUCAGUGCUGCCCCCUAUUACCCCUCCUCCUCCUCCUCUUCAUUACUUCUCUCCCCCUCUCCCACUGCUUCCUCAGCCCCGAGCCGGAGCCGGAGAGCCUGCCGGAGGAAUGGCUGCUCCUCCACGUGGUCCAGGGCCAAGUCGGAGCCGGGAACUACAGCUACCUGCGGCUGAACCACGACGGGCGCAUCGUGCUGCACAUGCGCAGCCUCCGCGGAGACGCCGACCUCUAUGUGUCGGACAAAACCCUGCGUCCGAGCUUCGACACUUACAGGCUACAGUCGGUUACAUGCGGCCAGGACGUGGUGGUGGUCCCUGGGGAUUUCGCCAGACCUGUGGGGAUCGGCAUCUACGGCCACCCCUCGUACCAGGAGAGCGAGUUCGAAAUGAGGGUGUUUCUGGACGAUACCGUGCGGCGGGAUCCGUUUGAAGACGCGGCGGCGGAGAGCGAACAGAGUCAGAAAAAAGCGCAGUCGACCUCCACUGACGAUUUCCAAGAGGAGGAGUCUAUAUUCUGGACAAUCCUCAUAGGACUGCUUAAGAUUAUAGUGGAAAUACUGGUAUGA